AUGAGUUCAAUGGAAAUCCCUGAGUGGGUGAGAAAUUUGGUGUGCAAGCAUGAAGGCAGUCACCUCCGGUUCAUAAUGACCAAAUCCCUCACGAGUUCUGAUCUCGAUCUUAAGGACCAGAAGCGACUCCUCAUACCCUCUCCAUAUGUGGAGGACUACCUCAUCCCUAUGCUCUCUGAUCCUGAGAAGGCUGCCGCCAACCUUCUUCACCCCACAGCAAGUAGGAACAUGCCUGGUACAAGUCGUGUUCGAGGAAGGAAGCAUUGGGGACUGGAUGUAGACGUGCACGCUCGAAACGGGUUUUGCUGCUACUUGAAACUCACUCGCUGGGACUCCACUGGAUCCACUGUGAUCAAUGGUACGGACUACAAUUUGUUAUUGUGCCAGAGUUCCCUUCAGAAGAAUGAUGAGGUGGAGUUGUGGGGCUUUCGGAAAGGCAGGGAGGGGAAGCUAUGCUUUGUGCUUGGCAAGAAGACACAAUAA